AUGAAGGUCUCUGUGGUCACUUGUUUCUUGUCAGCUAGCGCAUCGGCGCAUACGAUCUUCACUCAAUUGCACGUCAACGGCGUGGGGCAAGGACAUACCAAAGGAAUCCGGGUGCCGACCUACGACGGACCAAUUCAAGACGUAACGUCUAACGAUGUCAUAUGUAAUGGCGGCAUAAACCCCUACAGAACGCCUCUUCCCAAAGACAUUAUCAAUGUCAAAGCCGGAGACAAGCUCACUGCCGAGUGGCACCACACGCUUGAUUCUAAACCUGAGACGGAUAAGUCAGAUCCCAUCGACCCCGGUCAUCUAGGCCCCAUUAUGGUUUAUCUCGCCAAAGUCGAUGAUGCUUUGUCUACCACGGUGACGGGACUCAAGUGGUUCAAGAUCUACGAGGAUGGUAUGGAUGCCAAUGGCGAGUGGGCAGUUACGAGGCUUUACAACAACAAGGGUCUAGUAGACUUUGUACUUCCGUCUUGCAUUCCGAGUGGACAAUAUCUCCUCCGCGCCGAACUUAUCGCUCUCCAUGCUGCGAGUAAUUACCCGGGUGCUCAACUCUACAUGGAAUGUGCCCAGAUAAACGUAACAGGAGGUGGUACUGCCAGUCCGGCUACAGUCAGCUUCCCGGGUGCAUACAAAGCGACUGAUCCAGGCAUCAAGUUUCAGCUCUACUGGCCGAAACCAACAAGCUAUACCAUCCCAGGACCGAGGCCGUUCACCUGCUCUGCGAAGAUUAGGUAA